AUGUGGCGGCUCGGGUGCACGGUCUCGGUUUUACCUGACCCGGCCGGGUUUUACCUUGCAGGCACCGGUACCGUCAGAGUGCAGGCGCCCGCCCAAGUGCGCGGCUUCUUGGACGAGGCAGUGACACUGCCGUGCGAUCUCGAGCCUCUGGAUCCUGGAGUGAAGGUUACGCAAGUGACCUGGAUGAGGCAGGAGCCUGCGGGGGGCGCCCGCAGCGUUGCUGUCUUCCACCCAAUCCGCGGCCCCAGCCUCUCGGACCCUGAGCGGCUGAAGUUCGUGGCCCUCCGGCAAGGUGAGGUGCCGCGGGACGCGUCCCUGGCCGUGUUGGAGUUGCGCCCCGAGGAUGAAGCGAACUACACCUGCCAAUUCGCCACGUUCCCGCAGGGUAGUGGCAGCGCCAGUACCUGGCUCCGCGUACUCGCUCAGCCCCAGAACACAGCCGAGCCCCAGGAGGCCACACUCGGCCCAUUCCCCCAGGAGCCUGUGCCCGUGGCCCGCUGCUCCUCCACCGGGAGCCGCCCACCUGCCCGAAUCACCUGGUCCUCACACCUGAACGGGAUGACCAAUACAAGACAGGUGCCAGGGCCCCUGCCGGGCACGUUCACCGUCACCAGCCUCUUAACUCUGGUGCCCACCAGCCAGGCAGACGGCCAGAAUGUCACGUGCACGGUGGAGCACGAGAGUUUGGAGCGGCCCGUCGUGAUCCCGGUGACCCUCGCCGUGCGCUACCCCCCGGAGGUCUCCAUCUCCAUCAACAGGGACCCCAGUCGAAAUGAGAUCACCCUGACCUGUAACGUCCGCAGCAACCCAGAGCCCACAGUCUAUUACUGGAACACGACCGUGGGACCACUGCCACCCUUUGCUAAGGCCCAGGGUGCCCAGCUCCUGAUUGAUGCCACGGACAAACCCAAUAAUAUAACGUUCUACUGCAGCGUCACCAAUGCCCUGGGGACUGGCCAGAACGAACUGCCUGUCCUGCUCAGCGGAACUUCCGGGGAGCAGUCACACGCAGGCAUGUCUGCCUGGAAAAUCACCCUCCUCGUGCUCGGACCCAUAGUCGCACUUGUCCUGUGCGUGGGAGCCCUGUGGUAUUUCCUGCGUUUCAGACAGCGCCGUAAGGACGGUGUCGGAUCCUCAGCUAAUGGGGAUGUCGCCUACUCCGCUGUGAGCAGUCUGGACAACUCCCAGGGCCCACAGGCCGGGGGCACCAGGUGACAGCACCGGACUGACUAGAGAGACUAGCUGGCAAGGACAUGGGCCUCCGUGGCUGGGCCACGCCUCAGUGAAUGAAGACCCCCCUCAGAGACUGCCUGCUUCAGUGCCGGACCUCAAGAGCGCCCUCUCUGCCUCAGCCCAAGCCCACCCGCUUUCUGUCACUUGCUUGCCAGCAGGACUUGGAAUGCAGGUGGUGCUUAGACCCAGGAUCCCGGUGUGUUACGGAGAAAAGGGCCCCGAGCAAGAUCAGCCUUGGGAGAAAGCUCAUGGGCAGGGCCCUGAAGAACCGGCGCCAGCUGCUGGCCAUCCUUGCCCCGUGGGGAGGGGUUGAAGCACCCGAGUGCCCGGCAGCCAUGUGUGGUCGCACACACAGGGUUGCCAGCCAGCGACGCUCGCCCAGGUCUUUGUGACCAGCGUUUGUUUUUGUGUUUGUUUUUGUUUUAAGUUUAUUUAUUUAUUUCUUCAUGAGAACAGAAGCUAUCUUGGGUCGGGAUGCCCCAUGAGAGAAGACAGGCAGGAUUUGGUGGUGUCUGCUCCAACAGAGGAGGGAUUGCAGAACAGAAAAGGCUGGGAGGCAGAAGCAGAGCAGAGGCAGGGACCCGAGGGGCCAUGAACCCAGUGAGGCCUUGCAGAGUUGGGCGACAAGGAGGGGCUGGUUGCUUUGUCAGAGUGUAAGCUCCUUGUCCAUUCCGCGCCCAGGGUCUCCUGGAAGCCUAUUUAUUACAUCAUGAGUGACCAGACAGAAGGGGGUCUGUUGUGGGAAUCAAGAGGAGCUCCAGGUUCACGUGGACCGUCACCAGGGACAGAACCAGAAGGGAGGAAACUAGACCUUGAAUCAACAAGGCCGCAAGAACCCAAGUCCUCGGGCUCCUCAGACACCGGGGGGAAGCUCGUCUUUUUCUUUUUUCUCAUCCUCUUAUAACUUAUUAGAGAGCACAUAAACAUUCUCAAACCCAGAGUUCAGAAAAGGCAGCAGAGAUGCAUUUGGGUUCGUGAGGAGCGAGUGUAGGGUAAGGGUCCAGCGUGGCUCUUCUGCCUGUGGAUACCGCAUUUCGCACAUCGCAGAUUUAUGAGGCUCACUGAAUUGUAUGCUUUAAGAUGGCGAGAAUGGCCGAUGUUCUGUCUAAUCUAGCACGAUGUCUAAAAAUCAUAUCCUACACUAAAAAAAAAAAAAAAAUACUUGAAUCAUACACUUUAGAUGGGGGAAUUUUAUCAACCGCAGCCUUAGUGAGCUGGAGCAGCACACAAUGAUUCUCCCUCGGUCCUGGAGGGCAGAAGUCCAAAGAGCAGGGCUAUAACCAAGGUGUCAGCAGGGCUGUGUCCCUUCUGGAGGCCCCAGGGAGAGUCCUCACACUGGAUGGGGGUCCGGCGUCUAGAGGCCCCCACGUUCCUGGCUUUCCUUCCAUCACAUCCUCCUCUGACCUUCCGCCCUUCCUCCCGCCUAAGGGACCACUGUGAUCGCAUUAGAUCACCUGUCCACCUCAAGAUCCUUCGUGGCAUCUGCAAAGUCCCUCUGCGGAGUCACCUGACAGUCACAGGCUCCAGGGUUAGGACCUGAAUAUUUUGGGGGGAACCCUCCUAUCUAGCCCCACCCGGGUUCCCUGCUCCAGUGCAGAUAAAUUGUGGCUCUGUUUUCUGGUGA